AUGUCCGACGAGGAUGAAUCCCCCAAGCCUACGGUCCCAAAGUUCGCAUCUUUCAAGCCAAAAACAGAGACCUCGGAGCUGAAAGUACCCAAAUUUUCGUCUUUCAAGUCCAAGGAGAAGGAAUCGAGUGCAAGCGCAGGUUCGAGAUCGCGAGAAAGGGAGCGUGAUCGAGACUCGAGAAGGAAAAGACACCAUCGCUCUGACAAUCAUCACGAUCAUCACCACUCAAAAAGGCACCGCUCAGAGCACAGAGAAAGGGAGAAAUCUCGACGCUCCAGCCGUUCGGGGACUCCAGAGCAUCAACGGCGCGUCGAUCCUCCUCGAGAUAACAAGGAGGCUUCACGAUUGUAUGUUAUCGACACAAAGGGCGAUCCCUUGAUUAUUCGUUAUGGCCAUCUUGAUCGAGCUCAGGUUCCUGCCUACUACCGUGACGGAUAUGGCAAGGUUCUUGGUACCACUGGUCGACUUGUGAUACACCGCGAUGGACCCAGGGAUCAGUUCAGUCUCCGCAUGCCGGGUGAAGGCUCCUAUGCUUUUAAGGAUAAGGAUGGGCUUCGCUCAAAGGCAUGGCGAGUGAGAACAAAACCACUUCGAAUCCGAAAGCAAGAGAAUGAUUCUCUGGAAGAUGCUGACGACGACUUUUUGCCAUUGAGCACAUCCAAGAAGCGGAAGCGUGGCAAGCAGGACACGGAAUCGUCCGAUGAGGAGGAAAAGCCAUCAUACCGCUCGAUUGAGGGUAAAGCAAAGCCUCGCCAAUUUGUCGACAGCGAUCUGGAGACUGACUCGGACUCGGAUGCCGAGCAGGUCGACUUGGACCAAAACAACCCCCUGAAAUGGAAGUCCAUACAACUUUCCAGACGCGUCAAGGAUCAGCCAGAUGAUAUCGAUGCCUGGCUCGAGCUGGCGAAUCAUCAGGAUGCCCUUCUAAGAGCCGGCGAGGACAUUGACCACAGAGCACUUGAAGCUGAGGUGCACUCUUUUGCUGAGAUCAAACUACACAUGCUUGAGUCGGCUUUGGCAAACGUUUCAACUCCUCAAGAUCGAACUCGGGUGCUGGUUCCUUUGAUGCGCGAGGGAGUCAAGGUGUGGAAUAGCAAGACAGCCGCCAAGAAGUGGACGGACAUGGAAAAGGACGAGGAAAGUAGUUUUACGCUGUGGAAAGCACACCUCGACUUUGCCCUGUCCAACAUUUCUACCUUUCACUAUGACUCGAUCAAGCAGAUGUAUCUUAGUCGACUUGGUCAGAUCCUUGCAAGAUCUGGAUCCGAUCUCGGGAUGGAAGACUUUAGCGAGGCCAUCUACGUCUUUCUAAGGCUUACAAGAUUCAUUCACGACUCUGGAUACAAGGAACUUGCUGUUGCAGCUUGGCAGGCUUUCCUUGAACUCAACUUUUUCCGACCUCCACAUUUGAAUGACCAGACUGCAGCAUUCGAAUCACUUCGGGAUUUCUGGGAGAGCGAAGUUCCCCGAAUAGGAGAAGCAGAUGCCCAAGGCUGGGCAAAGUUUGUCGAGGAUGGUGGUAUAGGAGAUGCCCCUGAGCCACUCGGGGACAACAAGGAUAUUGUGAGCCAAUCUCGAGAUGACUACAGGCGCUGGGCGAUCAUUGAGCACUCUCAGGCAGAGAAGGCUCGAAUGCCGGCGAGAACCAUGGACGAGGGGACAGAAGAUGACCCGUUUCGAGUCGUCAUGUUCUCUGAUAUUGAGCCAUUGCUCUUUAUUGUGCCGAGAACUAUCAUGCAAGCUGUGCAGGAGCAACUUGUGGAUGCUUUUCUCAUCUUUUCUGGAUUCCCACCUACCUUUCGAUCUAAUACCUGGACGGAAGAGGCAUUCCAUGACCAGUUCCUGGUUUGCUCGAAUACAACUGAAGAAUCACGGACUCUGGAUGCUCCAUCUAGUGAUGAAGAUUCUAUUGAGAUACAACGAAAGCCGCCAGCCUUUACGCAUCAGCCUCUUUGCGUCUCUCAAUCCCCCGACGUAUUGUUUUCGGGCGGGGAGUGGUUCUCUUAUCUCCCAGAGAGGAACGGGAGUAACGAGGUUGAGCUGAGCCUCGUGGUUAAUGCCACCAAACAGUUGGUCCAUACUGCCAACUUCGAGGCACUCGCGGGAUUUCACCUGGCGUUGUGUGCGGCAUGGGAUGGAACUGGUGUUAAGAAGCCUGCCAAGGCUCUACUCAAACGAUACCCUACCAACCUCGACUUGUACGGCGCAUAUGCGCUGGCCGAGUCUGCCAGUGGAAGUCAUGAUGUUGCUGUCAAAGUCUUUUCAUCGGCAACAGCGCUUGCAUCUAAGGCAUCGACACCAAGCACCUUUGGGCUUUGGAGGAGAUGGUCCUGGAUGGAACUGGAGCUUGGGAACAAGAAAGCGGCAACUCAAAGGCUAUGCGCUUCCGUGGAUGACACCUUGCGUUCUUUGGAUCAAGCUCCCGACGUAUCCUCGACGCACAUCCUCAAAGCUCACCAAGCCUUUUCUUCUAGGAUGAACGACUUUUUCUCUGCUGGCGAACUGGAUCACGCAGAAACUCUGACCGAGUGUCUGGUUUUGCUGUCUUAUUUGGCCGCCGAAGGCUGUUCUGAACCAACGUCAGACUCUCAAGGAAACAUAUCAGCCGCGAUUGAAGUUAUUCACAAACAAUCUGUUGAAUUCAAGAGGCGACAUCAAGCAUCACCCGCUCACGAGCGGGCCCUACAAUUUACGGCGAGAUUAUUAUACUUGCACGCAACACGAGGGCCCUUCCGACGCGCAUACCUACUUGAUCAGCUGAAGCAAUUCCUUAGCUACUUUCCCCGAAACAGCAUCUUCUUGACUUUAUUCGAAUGGGCUGACUCUAGCCUUCGCGUAAUCGACGAGACGAGAACACUCCUGUAUGAGACAGUCCUCACCCCAGCUCAGGACUGUCUGAGCAGCCGACUAUUCGCCAUCCAUCACGAGAUGGAACGUGGUAACGUCAACACAACAAAGGCAGCAUUCGAGCACGCCGUGUCGAGCGACAUGUGCAAGUCUAACACUGGCCUGUGGAUCAAGUUUAUCCAGUUCUGCAGCUUGCAGAGGGAGCUACGGGUCAAGGCUAAGGAUGUAUUAUUCCGGGCACUGAGGCAAUGCCCAUGGUCAAAGGAUGUCAUGAUGGAGGCGUUCCUGACACUGAACCGGGACAUGGAGUCCUCGGAGCUCAAGGGGGUGUUUGAGACGAUGGCGUCCAAGGGGUUGAGGGUUCAUGUUGACUUAGAUGAGUUUCUCGAGAAAAGGAGGAAUGAGAGGCGAGCCCAGAAGGGUCGAGGAUGA